CAGGUCAGGGGUGUGUGGCGCAUGCCAGCAGAUGGAGCCGCGUCUUUCAGCUCGAGAUUGGCGGGCUGACGGGGUUUGAUCAGGUUGACAGGCAAAGGAAGAGAGUCACUAACCGAAAGCUCUUGAGUAGGAUGUACUGGAUACUUUGAUGGGGACCAGUGUUAUAUGCAGAUUGUGUUUUGCUAAGACAUCACCUCUUGACACAACGAGAAGUAGUCUAAAAUAAGUUUUUGUGAAGUACAAGCACAGUUUAUGGUUUUGACUUGCUUAGUAGAGUGUUACAGGAACUGAAGCAGGAUGUACCAUGAAGACAGCGCAAAUUCACUCAGACCGCAAUAUGGAUCCAUUGUGGAUGAUGAGAGGCUGUCGGCAGAAGAAUUGGAUGAAGGGAGGAGACAGAAUAUUGCCUACGAAUACCUUUGUCAUUUAGAAGAAGCCAAACAAUGGAUGGAGGCUUGUCUGGAGGAUCAACUGCCCCCUACCACAGAGCUAGAGAACAGUUUGCAGAAUGGCAUCUACCUUGGCAAACUGGCCACGUUCUUUGCUCCCCAGUUGGUGUCGGAGAAGAAGAUUUACGACAGUGUCCAAUCCCUUUAUAAGUGCUCAGGACUACACUUCAGAAAUACAGAUAACACUGUGCAGUGGCUAAGAGCCAUGGAGUCUGUGGGUUUGCCGAAGAUAUUCUACCCUGAGACAACAGAUGUAUAUGAUCGCAAGAAUAUGCCCAAGGUGAUCUACUGCAUACAUGCAUUAAGUUUAUACCUCUACAAGUUGGGAAUUGCCCCCCAGAUCCAGGAUUUGUUGGGAAAAGUAGACUUUAAAGAGGAAGAAAUCAGCAACAUGAGAAAAGAUCUGGAGAAAUAUGGCAUCCAAAUGCCCGCCUUCGGCAAGAUUGGUGGCAUCCUGGCCAAUGAGCUUUCAGUAAAUAAAGCAGAGUUACACGCUGCUGUUUUUGCCAUUAACGAGGCCGUAGACAAAGGUCAUGCAAAGAGCACACUGGUUGCUCUGCAAAACCCAAACGCCCUGCUGAGAAACACACAGAAACCACUGGCUCAAGCCUACCAGGACACACUGAGCAAAGCCAAGAGGAGAAAAGAGGACCAGGCCUCAGGACAGCGUUCCUCUAUCGCAACUGAAGAGAGAGACGUGUAUGCAGAGUUACUGACUCAGCAGGAGAUACAGAAUGGUGUUGAACUUGUCAACACAUCUGCAGCUACUCAGCAAGUAAACCAGGCUAUUGAUGCUGAGGAUCAGAACAGUCUACUGGCCAGCCUCAGAUUACCUGCCCUUGGCUUUGUGGGGGUCCUGGACAUCAACAGCCAAUGUUACCUGGAGCACUUCACAUCAUACAGGGACCCUGAAGUUGAGGAUGCUGGUGCAAGUGCACAGCUGGAAAGGGAGGAGAUUCAGAGCAUCAUCACUUUCUGUAAUGAGUUUGCAGAGGCCGAGAGACAAAAGCAGGAAGCUGUUGUUGCCAUCAAUUCAGCUAUUCGACGAGGCAUUCCAGAGGAGACGGUGGAGCAGCUCCUGAAACCAGAAGCCCAGUUACCCAUCAUUUACCACACUGCUGCUAACCUGUACCAGGCCGAACUAUUCAGCCUACAGAUCGAGUCUAAGACUGAUCUAAUUCACGUGGAGCUGUGUGUGGCUGUGGAGAUGUUGUCUGCUGUGUCUGUGUUGAACGAGGUUUUGGUCACUAAAGACUCUGUGGCUGUGAUCAAGCAGCUUAGCGACUCUACAAUGGGCUUCAGUAACCUGGAUGCUGAAAACAUGCAAAGAUAUGCAGACACGCUGAUCAGUCUGAGAGCAGAGUCCAUCUCUCAGGGACAAGAGUUUAUCAGCUGGAAUGAUGUUCAGAAAUGCAUUGAUACAGUCAACUUUCAGGUUCACAAGGAUAACGAGAGGAAGCAGAAGGCCGUUGUUGCCAUCAAUGCAGCUAUUCGACGAGGGAUUCCAGAGGAGACGGUAGAGCAGCUCCUGAAACCAGAAGGCCAGUUACCCAUCGUUUACCACACUGCUGCUAACCUGUACCAGGCCCAACUAUUCAGCCUACAGAUCAAGUCUCAGGCUGAUCUAACUCACGUGGAGCUGCGUGUGGCUGUGGAGAUGUUGUCUGCUGUAUCUGUGUUGAACGAGGUUUUGGUCACUAAAGACUCUGUGGCUGUGAUCAAGCAGCUUAGCGACUCUACAAUGGGCUUCAGUAACCUGGAUGCUGAAAACAUGCAAAGAUAUGCAGACACACUGAUCAGUCUGAGAGCAGAGUCCAUCUCUCAGGGACAAGAGUUUCUCAGCUGGAAUGAUGUUCAGAAAUGCAUUGAUACAGUCAACUUUCAGGUUCAGGAGGAACACGAGAGAGUCAUUGCUAUAGCUGAGAUCAAUGAAGCCAUAAAUUCUGGAGAUCCAGAGAAGACGCUCGGUUCUCUGAUGCUCCCUACAGCUAAACUAAAAGGGGUCAACCCAGCUACAGCCAAACACUAUCAUGAAUUACUGCUGGACACCAAAGACCUCAGCCGCAAGGAGACAGAAAUAGUGAAGAUUCAAGCUUUUCUCGAGGCCAAUAAAGCAGGAGUUGACUACGUAACUUUGACUGGUUCUCAGCACCCCCCUCUCUCAGUGGUCCGUAAAUGUGUAGACCUUCUUGAACAAAGUAGCCUAGAUCUACAGGAGGAACAGGAAGUGACACAGCUCCGAGAGGAGGUGGUCACCAAAAUUCGUGCUAAUCAGCAAAUGGAGAAAGAUCUGAAUUUGAUGGAUAUUAAAACUGGCCUGCUGGUAAAGAACAGGAUCACACUGCAGGAUGUAGUGUCACAUAGCAAGAUGAUGAAGAGCAAAAAGAAUAAGAUGAGUAAAGAAGAUUUGUUCAUGGGGGAAAAGCAGGGCAUCAAAGGCCUGAGCAAAGACAAGAGGAAGAAACUCGAAGCAUAUCAACAUCUAUUCUACCUUCUUCAAACCAACCCAUCGUACCUGGCCAAGCUAAUCUUCCAGAUGCCCCAGAACAAAUCCACCAAAUUCAUGGACACCGUCAUAUUCACUUUGUAUAACUAUGCCUCUAACCAGCGAGAAGAAUACCUGCUGCUUAAGCUUUUUGAGUCUGCCCUACGGGAAGAGAUUAAGUCCAAGGUGGAUCAUAUCCAGGAAAUAGUGACAGGGAACCCUACAGUCAUUAAGAUGGUUUUGAGCUUUUACCGUAGUGCUCGUGGGCAAAACGCCCUCAGGCAACUACUAGGACCUGUUGUUAAAGAGAUCAUCGAGGACAAGAACCUGGGCAUCAACACAAACCCUGUGGACAUCUACAAAGCUUGGGUUAAUCAACUGGAGACAGCUACAGGAGAGGCCAGUAAGUUGCCGUAUGAGGUCACACCACAGCAGGCUCUGUCACAUGAGGAAGUGAGGGCCAAACUGGAAUCCUCCAAUCAGAUUUUGCUCAAAGUCACAGACAAAGUGCUCGCACCGAUCAUGUCAUCGCUGGACACCAUCCCUUAUGGCAUGAGAUAUAUUGCUAAAGUUCUCAAGGACACGCUUCAUGAGAAAUUCCCUGAUGCCACAGAGGAUGAAUUACUAAAGAUUGUAGGGACACUGCUGUAUUACCGGUACGUGAACCCUGCUAUUGUGGCUCCAGAUGGCUUUGAUAUCAUCGACAUGACCGCUGGAGGGCAAGUGCACUCGGAGCAAAGGAGGAACCUGGCUUCGGUGGCUAAGAUGCUACAGCAUGCAGCUGCCAACAAACUGUUUGAGGACGAGAGCGACCACCUCACCCCCAUGAACAGUUACAUUUCCCAGACCUACCAAAGGUUCAGGGGGUUCUUCCAGGCAGCUUGCGAUGUUCCAGCUCCAGAGGAAAAGUUUAACGUGGAUGAGUACUCUGACAUGGAGACACUUAGCAAACCUGUCAUCUACAUUUCUAUUGAAGAGAUCAUCAACACACACUCUCUGGUGUUGGAACAUAAGGAAGCUAUUGCUCCAGAUCCCAGCGAUCUUCUGCAUGAACUCCUAAAGGAUCUGGGAGAGGUUCCUGAUGUCGAGUCAUUACUGGGUGAAGCAGCUAUCGAUCCAAAUGACCCAAACAAGGACAAUUCAGAAAGCCAGCUGGCUAAAACUGAGAUCUCCCUCACCCUCACCAACAAAUUUGAGCUGCUGGAUGGAGACGACAAGGACAUCAAAGGACUGAUGAUGAAAACCAAGAAACUGAUAGUGGAUGUUGUGAGAGUCCAACCAGGGGAGACACUAACUGAUAUCCUAGAAACUCCAGCUUCUCCCACACAGGAGGCAGAGCAUUCUAAACUAGUGGAACGACAAGUUGUGCAAGAUGCUCAGACUCCAGAGGGGUUAAAGAGCAGCCAGGCCAUGCUGGAGGACCGACAGUUGCCUCUGGAGCAGAAGAAGAGAAAGAUCCUCAGGAACCUAAGAACACUGGAACAGGCUGGUCUUGUCAGCUCAAAACACAAAUAUCAAGAUGUCAUCAACGACAUCUCCAAGGACAUAAGAUAUCAGAGGCGGUACAGGCAGAGAAGGAAAGCAGAGUUAGUCAAAUUGCAGCAAACUUUGACUGCGCUUAACUCCAAGGUGGCUUUUUAUCAGGAACAGAUCAACUACUAUGACACAUACAUCAAAACCUGCCUGGAUAACCUCAACAGAAAGAACUCACUUAGGUCCAUUAAACUGGACAAAAAGGAAGAAGAGAAAGGCAGCAAGAAGUCCAAGGUCAAAUCUCUGAAGUACACCGCUGCCAAACUGCACGAGAAAGGAAUCAUUUUGGAAAUUGAAGGCCUGCAGACCAAUCAGUUAAAAAAUGUCAUGUUUGACAUUUCUCCUUGUCAGGAAGUGGGUGACUUCGAGAUAAAGGCCAAGUUUAUGGGAGUUGAGAUGGAGAAGGUUCAACUGCAUUUCCAGGACCUGUUGCAGCUUCAGUAUGAUGGAGUAGCUGUCAUGAAAAUGUUCGACAAGGCCAAAGUCAAUGUCAACCUACUCAUCUUUCUUUUGAACAAAAAAUUCUAUGGAAAAUGAAAAUCCCGGUGAGGUUUUAAGAGUUGCUAGCUGAAGUCUCCUCAUUUUAGUGUUAGUUUACACAAAUUACAACAAAUAAUGAAAUGUGCCUUUGGGUUUAAGCUGUUUUGUAAAAGUAAUUUUUCUGAGCAGCUUUUUUUGAAGGUAUUUAAAAUGAGAUCACCACUCUAAGAAUGUCAAGCUGUACAUUAAUAGCUUGUUUAUGACAUCAUCACUUAGUUAUACCCAAUUAAGCCACAAUUUAAACAAGUUUGCCACAAUUUUAAUGACUGGAAUUCCUUUUUUGAAGAUUGUGUAUGGAUUAUAUUUUUAAAUGCACAUAUAAUUGAAAUAUAUAUUUAAUGGCAAGUUUAUGUAUUAAAUACUGUACCAUGUUGAAACAUUUUAAAAAUGAAUACAAACAUAAACCUUUAUAAUGCACUACUUCCAUGAGGCUGUUAAAUAAGAUAAACAAGAAGAGUGUUUUGAUAGCUUUGUGAAAGGCUAGUGCCUUUAAUUCCUCAAAUGCAUAAUGUACUAAAGAGCAUUCUUAUAAGUAUUUUUUUUUAAUCAAUCCAAUAUUGUUAUUAACUGAUAAGAUGAAUUAAUGUAAUUGAUUUGAAAAUAAAUAUGACUAUUAUAUCA